UCCACGGGGACCUCCACCAACACCACCACCACCUCCGCCUCCUCGGACGAAAAGCUUUAGAUCCAGAGAAGCUGCCACAGCACAAUCAUCGGAGUCGCGUAGAGCCAAGGUAGAAAGCAAUCUUUGGAUCAGCACACACAUGGCGGCACUUGUCACUCCCGCGGGUUGUCCCAGCGUGUCCGAGCUGGUCGUGCAGGGCCGGGACUCCGCCGCCGUCCUCGAGGCCCUGCUCCGGGGCGCGUCGUCCCCCGACAACGCCGGGAUCCGGGAGCUCGCCGCGGAGAUCCUCCGUUGCUGCGACCGCGCGCUCGCCGCGCUCCACGGCGGUGAAGGCGCCGUGGUCGAUGUCUCCGGCGGCAGGAAGCGAAAGUCGGGGCCCGGCGGCGCUGACAACCUGACGAGGCCGAAAAGAAGGAUGCGCGCGAGCGGCGGGGAGAAGGCGGCGAGAGUCGAGAGGAGGCGGACGGCGGAGGACGGCUUCAUAUGGAGGAAGUACGGGCAGAAGGAGAUCCACAACAACAAGCACCCGCGGCUCUACUUCAGGUGCACCUACAAGCACGACAUCGGCUGCCCGGCGACGAGGCAGGUCCAGCAGGCGGAGGACGACCCCUCCCUCUACGUCAUCACCUACUUCGGCGACCACACCUGCUGCCAAGGCGACGCCGCUGGCGCCGUCCUGGAGGCCGAGGACGUGAAGAUGCAGCCGUUCGUCAUCAACUUUGGGUCGGCCACCGCGAGCAGCGGCUCGCCGUGGCUCUCCUCGCCCAGCGACACCGACGACGUCCGGAGGAGCGACAGCGGGGCCUCAGGCUCGUCGCAGGCCGUGUGUUCGCCGGAGGAAUUCGAAGUGAAAGAGGCCAAAGUUGAGUCAACGUCGGAGGACUCACAGACGGUGGAUCCGGCGGCGGCGGAGCUGAGUUCGUCGGCCGACUUCUCAUGUGCAUCGCCGGCAUGGGACCCUCUGUCCGGCUGCUUGGACUGGGACCACUUCGGCGACAGCCCGUUCGAUUGCGAGUUCCUGGAUUUUGACGCCAUUCCUCUGUUCCAAUAGCUUAGUGUUUUGGUUUUUUUUGCGGGUGUUCCAAUAGCUUAGUUGCUGUUCUGGUUCUCUCAGCGCAGAUGUUUUUGUGAAAUACGUAUGUGUUUCUA